ACUCAGAGGCUCGCCACCCAAAUUUUUUCACACGUACUGAAAGACGUAUGUGCGCUUUGUCCACCGCACUUCGUCGUCAGAUUUAUUACUUAAGCGAGGACAAGCACGCGCGACUUUUCCUUUCUAAGACGCGCCGCCGGGAGCGCAGAGCAGUUUGGCAGCAGAUGCGGAGAUUGAGGUGGGCGGCUGAUGUAGCAACCUGGCGUCUCUACUGACCGAACUGUCCUUUCACACAGGAUUUCAGAGUAUUUUCCAAGAAAGAAAUAUUUAUUAUCCGGCUACAUUGCUCAGAAAAGUCACAACACCUUUUGCUGGUGAAGAUGCAUCUCUGCUUCCAAGGAAGAUUCAAACCAUUGAAAAUUGACAUGCACAGCAAAGCAUCAGCAGUUUACACCUAAACUGUUGGAUAGAUUGUUCUCAAAUCCAAGUUUUGAUGAACCAUAACUAAAGUGAAUUCCAAGACAUGAGCGACACAAACAUCAGCCACCUGACAAGAGCUUCUGCAGAGAUGCAAGACAGUCUCCUUGAUGGCAAGAUGGAACAUUAUAUAGAAGGCUACGAUAUGGAUUAUGGCAUCUCUCCUGAUGAGAUCCCAGACACAACACAAGGCCAGGCUUUCUUUGUGGCCACCAUCGUUAUCGGUGUUGUUCUUGUGUGCAUCAUGCUUGUUUGCGGCUUAGGAAACUUCAUCUUCAUUGCCACACUGACACGUUACAAAAAGCUCCGCAAUCUCACCAACUUGCUUAUUGCAAAUCUAGCCAUCUCAGACUUCAUCGUGGCAGUGGUGUGCUGUCCAUUCCUGGUAGACUAUUAUGUGGUAAAACAGCUCUCCUGGGAUCAUGGAAUGGUGUUGUGUGCCUCAGUGAACUAUCUCCGGACUGUGUCACUCUAUGUGUCAACAAAUGCACUGCUUGCCAUUGCAGUUGACAGGUACAUGGCCAUAGUCCAUCCUUUGAGGCCUCGAAUGAAGUACCAAACUGCCUACUGUCUAAUAACAGGGGUCUGGAUUGUUCCCAUUCUGAUAUCAAUUCCCUCAGCCUACUUUGCAUCUGAGACCACGUACCCUCAUGGCGGCACCACCCCAACCACUCACAAAGUCUUCUGUGCCCAGAUAUGGCCAGUGGACCAGCAAGCUUACUAUCGUUCCUACUUCCUGUUUGUUUUUGCUGUGGAGUUUGUUGGACCUGUGAUUGUUAUGGCAAUGUGUUAUGUCCGCAUUUCCCGUGAGCUCUGGUUCAAAAAUGUUCCAGGUUUCCAGACCGAGCAGAUACGGAAGAGGCUGCGUUGUCGCCGCAAGACAGUCUUGGUUCUGAUAGGAAUCUUGACGGCAUACAUCCUGUGCUGGGCACCAUAUUAUGGCUACACCAUUCUGCGAGACUUCCAUCCAACCCUCAUUUCCCGCCAGAGAAACUCACUGGUGGCUUUUUACAUCAUUGAGUGUAUUGCAAUGAGCAAUAGCAUAAUCAAUACAUUCUGUUUUGUCAGUGUAAAGAAUAACACAGUUAAGUACCUAAAGAAGAUUGUACUGCUGCGCUGGAGGUCAACAUAUGUCCCCGCUAAGACUGUAGAUGAAAUGGAUAUGAGGACCUCCUCCAUGCCUGUUACUGAGGAGAUUGAAUGCAUUCACCUGAGGUGAAGAGAAGAAAGUUAUUGUUUUUACAAUUUUGGACUGUUGAUAUCCAAAGUCUGCAUUGUUGACAGUGAUGGCUUCAACAUGGAGCUUUUUGCUCUAGACAGAGGUGAAGCCGAAUGAUAUCCAAGCAAAGUUAAACAGCAGUACUUCAGCUGGGAGAACAUGUUGCAUUAGCAGUAGAGUAUACAGAAAAAUCUGUGUGACGAGAUUGUAAUUGUUGUUCCAUGGUGUGGCUUUAUAUUGUGCCCUGAAAAAUGUUGGAAAAUCUGUAUAAACUGCAUUACAUGGGAAAUGUGAUUACUAACUGUUUACAGAUUAUUUAAUAUGGUUAAUAUUUAUAUUGUUUGUAUCUAUUUUGUGUAAAGUGAUUGUAAGUUAUCUCUUUUGACCAACUUUUUUAUUAUUUUUAUGCCUCUGUCUACAUAUUGGGCUAUUAAUAAUAAAUGGCUACCUAACAAUGCCAUUUUCUUUGUCUUUUGAAGCUAAAAUACUUUUCCUUUCAUUAUUUGUCCUUUGAAAGAAACAAUAUAUUGCAUGCUUUAUUUGCUGAUAAAUAAAA